AGCUGUGAGGGCUGCUGAAGAUGUCUGAUAGUCUGGAUGUUGAAGAGAAACCUCCAGCCCCGCCGUUGAGAAUGAACAGCAACAACCGUGAUUCUUCAGCACUAAACCACAGCUCCAAACCGCUCCCCAUGGCCCCCGAGGAGAAGAACAAGAAAGCCAGGCUGCGCUCCAUCUUCCCGGGAGGAGGGGAUAAAACCAAUAAGAAGAAAGAGAAAGAACGCCCUGAGAUCUCUCUUCCUUCAGACUUUGAACACACGAUUCAUGUGGGGUUUGAUGCCGUCACUGGAGAAUUCACAGGCAUUCCAGAGCAGUGGGCCAGGCUACUACAGACCUCCAACAUAACAAAACUAGAGCAGAAGAAGAAUCCUCAAGCAGUUCUAGAUGUCCUCAAAUUUUAUGAUUCCAAAGAAACAGUUAACAACCAGAAAUACAUGAGCUUUACGUCAGGAGAUAAAAGUGCCCACGGAUACAUAGAAGCUCAUCCUUCGAGCACAAAAACAGCAUCGGAACCCCCGUUAGCACCAUCAGUUUCUGAAGAAGAGGAUGAAGAAGAUGAGGAAGAAGAAGAUGACAACGAACCUCCGCCUGUUAUUGCACCGCGGCCUGAACACACGAAAUCAAUCUACACGCGCUCCGUAAUCGAACCUGUCGCUGCACCAGCACCAGCUAAAGAAGCCACCACUCCCCAGCCUGAAAACUCCAACACAAACACUUUGUACAGAAACACAGACCGGCAGCGGAAAAAAUCCAAGAUGACAGAUGAGGAGAUCCUAGAGAAACUGAGGAGCAUUGUGAGUGUGGGAGACCCUAAGAAGAAAUACACUCGAUUUGAAAAAAUUGGCCAAGGGGCGUCAGGAACUGUUUAUACAGCAAUAGACAUUGCCACAGGACAAGAGGUGGCCAUUAAGCAAAUGAAUCUCCAACAACAGCCCAAAAAGGAACUAAUUAUUAAUGAAAUCCUGGUCAUGAGGGAAAAUAAGAACCCCAAUAUUGUUAACUAUUUAGACAGCUACCUAGUAGGUGAUGAGCUCUGGGUGGUUAUGGAGUACUUGGCUGGAGGCUCUCUAACUGAUGUUGUUACAGAGACAUGUAUGGACGAAGGGCAGAUAGCAGCUGUCUGUAGGGAGUGCCUGCAAGCACUGGAUUUCCUUCAUUCAAACCAAGUGAUUCACAGAGACAUAAAAAGCGACAAUAUUCUUCUCGGAAUGGAUGGAUCUGUCAAAUUGACUGAUUUUGGCUUCUGUGCUCAGAUCACCCCCGAGCAGAGUAAAAGGAGCACAAUGGUCGGGACUCCUUACUGGAUGGCACCGGAAGUGGUGACAAGAAAAGCGUAUGGCCCCAAAGUUGACAUCUGGUCACUUGGGAUCAUGGCAAUAGAAAUGGUGGAAGGAGAACCUCCUUACCUUAAUGAAAAUCCUCUCAGGGCACUGUAUCUGAUAGCUACAAAUGGGACACCAGAGCUGCAGAACCCUGAGAGACUCUCUGCUGUGUUUCGUGACUUUCUGAACUGUUGCCUGGAGAUGGAUGUGGACAGGCGAGGGUCUGCCAAGGAGCUUUUGCAGCAUCCAUUUUUAAAAUUAGCCAAGCCCCUCUCCAGCCUGACUCCUCUGAUCAUUGCAGCAAAGGAAGCGAUUAAGAACAGCAGCCGCUAGUGCUUUGGGCUGGUAUUCUCCCGUGCCAGCUCACUCCAGAGCAGGACUGAGAAAAAAAACUCUAUAGAACCUCAACUCUUCUGCUGCAGGACGGACGGACGGAUGGAUGGAUGGACAGACCAACAGUCGCAGUCAUGGUGGUAGGAGUGGAGAACAGCUGUUCUCCAGUCCCUCAAGGAGUAAAAACUUACGUCUUCUUCCUG